CCGGGCACUGCUUUCCUUCAAGUCACGUUGCUUCUGGUUACACCCUCUACAUGGGCAGAUUCUAUCUUUACCAGUCCAGCGUAUUUGAGCACACACGCUCUGUCAGCAAGUUCUUUGUGUAUCCGGGGUACCAGUCUGCCAAACAGGGCAAGAACAUGGCACUGGUCCAGCUGAGCUUACCCGUCACCUUCAAGGAUUAUAUCCUGCCCAUCUGCCUGCCUUCCCCUAACAUCUCCUUCUCGGAAGGUCUGAUGUGUUGGGUGACUGGCUGGGGAACGACCACAGAAAAUGGUAACAUGUCCCAGACACUGCAGGAGGUCGAGGUGCCCAUCAUCAGCAGGAACACUUGCAGUAGUAUGUACGUGAAUGGUGGGGUAGAUGGAAACCUCCUAUCAGAUGUGUUCUGCACCGGUUAUACAGCAGGGAAGAAAGACUCCUGUCAGUGCUACUCCAGUGGACCCCUGGUCUGCAAAAUGACUAACGACACCUGGGUGCAAGCUGGCAUUGUGAGCUUUGGACCCGGCUGUGCUGGUCCCGACCUGCCAGACGCCUAUGUGCAGGUGAAGGACUACAGCCAGUGGAUUCAGAGUAAAGUGCUCCAAGUGCAGCUGUACAAGACGGGGAGAAACAUUACAAACUGGGUGGAUGGCUGGAUCCUUCUCUGUCUCUCCGUAGUUUUUCUGCAGUUGUUGUUGCCCCAAUAAUUUCGUUGAUCUUUCAUUUUACUUUCCCAAGCAGCAACACUGGAGUCUGAGAAAAGUAAAUCGUUUUUUUAUUCAUGAGAGAUUAUAUUAUAAUAAAAAUAAUUAACAGCAUACUGCACAGUGAUGGACAUGUGGGGACGUGUGCGCA